GCCCCCGCCGGCCCACUUCCGCUCCUGCGUGCACGCGCUCUCGCGGCGCUGUCCGCGGCCAUGGGAGUCUCCCGCUUACCUCCGGCCACGCUGACCCUGAAGCAGUUCUUGAGAAGGCAACAAGUCCUCCUCCUCUACAGAAGGAUUUUGCAAGCGAUUCAGCGAGUUCCAGAUGAUUCCGAUCGCAAAUACCUGAAGGACUGGGCAAGGGAAGAAUUCAAAAGAAACAAAAGUGCCACUGAAGAGGACGUGAUCCGGAUGAUGAUCACUCAAGGCAACAUGCAGCUGAAGGAAUUAGAAAAAACACUUGCUUUGGCAAAAUCUUAACUUUAGCAUUAUUUUGAAGGGUUUUUAGUUUCUGUGUGUUCUGUUGAAUUGCAGUGUUCCAAGAAACAGUGCAAAGCCAAGUUGAACUGUUUUUAUGGACAGUCUUCAGACCAAAUAGGAGAUGACUGUCACACAGUGGUUACUUGACCCCCUCCCCCAAGUCAUCCAAACAGUUGCAUUAGUGCUGGAAAACAGACCACGAGCUUAAGCAGUAUUUCUAGAUGUGUUAGCAGUUUUAAGAAGCCAAAACCACUGAGGCAAAUGGCCAGUUAUCACACAGUUAGGCAACAUAUUUGUCAAGAAGACAUCACUCAAAAGCAAGAAAAGGUGGGCAAUAUCAACAUGUUAAGAGGUGGAUGUUGUUAAAACCGCCUGCUGUGCCCGUAUCCUCUGUGAUCAUCACUUCAACUUUUGAC